AUGGGGUUCAUGGCGUCCGCGGGAACUUCGAUCCUCAGCCCCGGCCGCGCGCAGCUCAUGGCGGAAUUCGACGUCAGCAGCACCGUUGCCAUCCUGCCUGUCGCGUUGUACGUCUUCGCCCUCGGCUUCGGUCCCGUCAUCGGCGGUCCGCUCUCCGAAACCGUCGGCCGCCUGCCAAUCUACGCCUUGACUAUGCCGCUGGGCUCCUUGUUCGCGCUCGGCGCCGGGCUCACGCACAGCUUUGGCGUGCUGUGUUUCUGCCGAUUCAUGAGCGGCUUCUGCUGGUCGCCCGUGCUGGCAGUUCCGUCGGCGUCGAUAUCGGAGACGUUCCCGCCCAAGACGAGAGGGCCGGCCUCGGCCGUGUUCAUCCUGAUGCCGUUUUUGGGGCCCGGGCUCGGGCCCGUCAUGGGCUCGUUCCUCGUCAGCAGAAAAGGCUGGCGCUGGACGCAGUGGACGCUCAUCCUGAUGGCCGUCUUCUGCAUGCUCCAGCUCCCUUUUCUCCGCGAGACCUUUAACCCCAUUGUCAAGCGCCGGCUCGCCAAGACAAGGGGCCUGCAGCUGCCUCCCAAGGCUCCCCCGGGGGCUAGGCUCUCGCAGUUUGCCCGUGUGGCCGUCAUUCGACCCGUUCACAUGCUCUUUGCCGAACCCAUCGUCACGUUUCUCUGCCUCUACGUCGCAGUCAACUUUGGCAUCCUCUUCAGCUUCUUUGCGGGAGUGCCUUACACAUUCGGCCUCGUGUACCGCUUCAGUCUCGAGUCGUCUGGCCUGGUGUUCCUGUCCAUCGCCACGGGGUGUGUAGCCGGCUUCCUGACCAUUAUUCUCUGCGACGUCUUCAUCUACCGCAGGAAACUGGCAUCGUACCCGCAUCUCAAGACACCCCCCGAGCACCGCCUCUACCCGGCCAUGAUUGGCAGUCUGGGUCUUCCAGUCGGGCUGUUUUGGUAUGGCUGGACGGCGAGAGCAAGCGUUGGCUGGGCCAGCCCCGCCGUUGCGAUAUUCCCAUUUGCAUGGGGCAAUCUCUGUGUGUUUGUCAGCUCCAUACAGUACAUGUCCGAUACGUAUCAGGGCAACGUGAUUGCCAGCGCCGUGAGCGCAAACGGGCUGGCUAGAUACGGGUUUGCCGGGGCAUUCCCCUUGUUUACCAUCCAAAUGUACGAGGGCCUCGGGAUAGAUUGGGCCUGCAGUCUGCUCGGCUUCUUCGCGUUGGCGUUGCUCCCGAUUCCCUGGGUCCUGUUCCGGUACGGACCCAAGAUUCGCGCAAAGAGCAAGUACGACACCGUAGACUACACGUAUGAAUGA